UGAUUAUUUGAGACAUUGGAAAGAAAUCAAGGGUUUGCUUAUGCGUAAACUUUGGAAUAAAUAUAUUUACUUUUUGUUCUAACUAUUAAUAUGUCAAAGUAGACCAAAAGUACCAGUCAAGAUGUUGUAUUACUACGUGUUCAUUAUUUCCUUACUAUGUACUGCUCAAAUCAACGCAGGUGCUGUGGAAGAAAGGUCAUCAUGCAAAGAAAUUAUGUCACCGCCGUGGGGUGUUGUGAAUUGCUCCAACGGCCAAGAAUAUGGAAGUGUGUGCAAAUUAUCGUGUGAGAAGAACUAUGAUCUGGAUUUCACAACUGAUACGUCAAUCGUAACUACAUGCAUAGAGGAGACUGGUGAAUGGUCCGCUAGCCCAUGGUUUAGUUGUUCACCUGUACGAUGUUUUCCGAAGCAAGAAAAACCGUUGAAUGGAGAUUUGGUAUGUUCAGCAACCAACCUUGCUCGUAGUCUGUGCGCGUUUUACUGUGACAAUGACUACGAUAUGGUUGGCGUUGACACAGACAAAAAUUCUUACCUUGAGUGCGUUGACGAUGGUGAUGGUGAUGCAAUAGGAAAAUGGGCAGCUGCGCAAGAUAAGCCCGUACCUCCAACAACCACACAAAUGUGCCAACCGAGAGUAUGCAACAAUACGAUUGAAUAUCUGCCCAACGGAAAAGUAAUAUGUUCGGCCGGAAACGUUGCUGGAAGUUUUUGUGUAUUUAUUUGUGACGAAGGCUAUGAUUUGAAAGGAACAACAGAACCAGUUUUGUUUAGCAGCUGUAAGAGCGAUAAAGAAAGAUAUGAUGGUUACGGAGAAUGGACAUUGAAGAAAACUCCAGUUUGCAGAAAAUGCAAACGCGUCAAAAGUCUCCAACUCAUAGCCUUGAUCCACGGAGUGGAGGGUGACAGUGGCAGCUAUGCCCUUGCAAACAGAAUUGUUCUUCGUACUGCGACUGCACUAGAAAGAAAAUACAGAUUUAAAUCGUCUGUGAGAGUCAACAGAUAUUCCGAUAGAGUUGAUACAAGCAACGAAUUUUUUACCUCGGAAUUUACAAUUAAACGCGAUAAAAAUUUGAUGACUUCAAUGCCCUACCCCGGUUCAGGAGAAAGUCUGGAAAAAGCUUUGUAUCACGUUAAAACCAAACUUGACGAUGAAGCAAGUGUUAGAGUAGCAAUGAUCAUUGCCAAUGGAUUUACGUUGGAUGCCAAAUCACAGCAAAUGGCCGAAGACUUGAUCAAGGACGGAGUAUUGAUUUACGUAUAUCGCAUUUCGAAAAACGGAGACGACAGCGGCUACAGUAAAGCAGAUAUGGUCAAAAUUGCGGGAUCCGAGAAAAGAGUUUUUGAUGUGAAAUCAAGAACAAAUGUGGAAAUGUUGAAGGCAAAAGUAGCAGAUGAAAUUGCACAAGUUGCAACUGAGUUGGGAUGCAAGAACUAAAUAUUUUCAUGCGGAAACCACGAUCAAGUUUAGGAACUAGCGACAGAAAACUUAUCAUCAUGCUAAAAUAGAAAAAAAAAUUUAACUUUAGAGAAAUGAUCAAUCAGAUUUUUGUGAACUUCUGUCAAAAUCAUUUAAAUUGGAGGCAUUGCUUGAUUAGGGCUCAAUGAUGUUUUUUUGUCGAUUCUUUCAAAAGCUCACAAAUCUCAGAAGUAUAAAACUUCAGGAUUAUUAUUCAUCAAGCUUACCAGGGUGGCAAAUUUUUCAUAAAAUGAUAUAUAUAUUAUGAGUAUCUAAUACCAUGCUUGAUCGUGUUUUAGUAAAAUUUUACUUUUCUCAUGCUUUUUAUGUAAUCUAUAUAUAUAGUCGAUUUGCAAUAUGACGUGAUUUGUAAAUGUGUGCCUAGAAUAAAAAAUAUCAUGAAAUCAAUCAAUUUCAGUAGCAACAUUUUGAAUAAAUACCGAUAUCACAUCA